AUGUAUCCUAGGCUCACUAAGGGGCGAGUGGCAGUGGCUGGAAAUCGCAAACUCCACUUUGGCAAGAAGUACGAAGCGACUGCGUCUCAACUGUCCAAGGACUAUAAUGUCGUUGACCAUACCUACGAUGCCGUGGUUGUCGGGGCUGGUGGAGCUGGGUUGCGGGCAGCUUUCGGGCUCGUUGCCGAGGGCUUCAAAACGGCCGUCAUCACGAAACUAUUUCCCACUCGGUCGCACACUGUUGCCGCGCAAGGAGGCAUCAAUGCCGCUUUGGGUAACAUGGAGGAAGACGACUGGAAAUGGCAUAUGUACGAUACCGUGAAAGGAUCUGAUUGGUUGGGGGACCAAGAUGCGAUUCAUUACAUGACCCGCGAAGCCCCGCACGCAGUCAUUGAGCUGGAACAUUACGGAAUGCCCUUCAGCCGAACGAGCGAGGGUAAAAUUUAUCAGAGAGCGUUCGGCGGCCAAUCGCUGAAGUAU